AUGUCACACAUCCGCGUAGCGCUGGUGACCGGGGCCAACAAGGGCAUCGGCUUCGCCAUCGUGCGCAACCUGUGCCGGCAGUUCUUCGGGGAUGUGGUGCUUACGGCACGGGAUGAGGCGCGGGGACGGGAGGCCGUGCAGCAGCUCCAGGGCGAGGGCCUGAGUCCGCGCUUCCACCUGCUGGACAUCGACGACCUGCAGAGCAUCCGCGCCCUGCGUGAUUUCCUGCGCAAGGAGUACGGGGGCCUGGACGUGCUGGUCAACAACGCGGGCGUCGCCUUUGAUAUUGAUGAUCACACACCCUUACAUAUUAAAGCAGAAUUGACAAUGAAAACAAACUUCUUUGGUACUCGAAACGUGUGCACAGAACUGCUCCCUCUAAUGAAACCCCAAGGCAGAGUGGUCAAUGUGUCUAGCAUAAUGAGCUUAGUAGCUCUUAAGAACUGCAACCCAGGAAUGCAGCAGAAGUUCAGAAGUGAGACUAUCACAGAGGAGGAGCUGGUGGGACUCAUGAACAAGUUUGUGGAAGACACAAAGAACAGGGUACAGACAAAGGAGGGCUGGCCUGAUAUGAGGGCAUUCACAUAUGGACUGUCAAAGAUUGGUGUCACGGUCCUGUCCAGAAUCCAUGCCAGGAAACUGAGUGAGCAGAGGAGGGGAGACAGGAUCCUCCUGAAUGCCUGCUGCCCUGGGUGGGUGAGAACAGACAUGGGUGGACCUACAGCCAUUAAAAGCCCAGAAGAAGGAGCAGAGACUCCUGUCUACUUGGCCCUUUUGCCCUCGAAUGCUAAGGGACCUCACGGGGAGUUUGUAAUGGAGAAGAAAGUUGAACAAUGGGCCCCCCCCUCUCAGUUCCCUCCAUGGGUCCCAUUAUGA